GUUCUCACGUGGGAUCAGAUGCAGUGGGCGUCUUCCUCGCUUCGCUGACUCACUCUUCGAGUCUCCUCUCAACUCUCAUUUUCUCUCAAACUCUAAUCAUAACUCAUAAAUAUAUAAACCGAAAAACCUACCUGAAUAUAAAAAUAAACAAACACAUCAAAUGCGAAGAAGAUCAAAAUCAAUCAUCAUCAUCACUACAGAAAAAUGGAACUUCUCUUUUCUCUCGUCUUCCUUUCUCUCACCUUUUCCACUUUUCUUCACCCUACCUUUGCCAGAGGCGGUCAACAACAACACUCUUCUCUCUCUUCAGGCAUUUUUGAAAAUAGUAGUUAUAAUUCGGGUUCUACUGCACGGCACUUGUUUGAGGAUAACCGGUUACAUUUAAGUCUUGACAUUGCUCGAGGUUACAUGACUAAUUCUCAACUAGAGAAGGCCCUCAAGGCGUUUGCGCAACGAUGUAGUCACAUUUCUAGGAUAUACAGUAUAGGGAAGAGUGUCAAGGGAGUUCCACUGUGGGUGAUAGAAAUUUCUGACAAGCCUGGAGAAGAAGAGGCUGAACCUGCAUUUAAGUACAUUGGAAAUGUGCACGGGGAUGAACCUGUGGGCCGUGAGCUUCUAUUGUUUCUUGCAAAUUGGAUAUGUGAUAAUCAUCUAAAGGAUCCCUUGGCUACAUUGAUUGUAGAGAAUGUUCACCUUCAUAUACUACCAACCAUGAAUCCUGAUGGUUUUUCACUUAGGAGGCGUGGUAAUGCAAACAAUGUUGAUCUAAAUCGAGAUUUUCCUGAUCAGUUCUUUCCUAUGAAUGAGGACGUGCAUAUGCGGCAACCUGAAACCAGAGCAAUUAUGAAUUGGUUGAGGGAUGUACAAUUUACAGCAUCUGCCAGUUUGCAUGGGGGUGCACUUGUUGCAAAUUAUCCGUGGGAUGGCACUCAGGAUAAAAGGACAAAUUACUUUGGAUGUCCUGAUGAUGAAACAUUCCGGUUCAUGGCAAGUAUAUAUAGUCAGUCUCACUAUAACAUGUCUCUGAGCAAGGAAUUUCGAGGAGGAAUUACGAAUGGAGCAUCUUGGUACCCUAUAUAUGGUGGCAUGCAAGACUGGAAUUAUAUACAUUAUGGUUGUUUUGAAUUGACCUUGGAGAUAAGUGAUAACAAAUGGCCUUCUGCUACUGAGCUUCCUACUCUUUGGGAAUACAACAAAAUGAGCAUGCUUAAUCUUGUUGCGAGCCUUGUGAAGACAGGAGUACAUGGAAGAAUCUUUUCAUCAGAUGGGGGAAGGCCACUGCCUGGUUUUAUUACAGUGAAGGGAAUGAAUCAGUCGGUCAAAUCAGGCAAAACUUUUGCUGAUUACCAUCGCUUGCUUGCCCCAAGAGGGCGGUAUGAAGUUAUGGCGGCCAUGCCAGGAUACAAAUUGAGAAGUACGUGUAUCUGGUUGGAUGAAGCUGCAAUGACAUUAGAUUUUGUUCUUGACGCAGAAGUCACACUGAAGGGGAAUCUUCUACGAAGUGGCUGUGAAUGUGACUGUGGCAAUACAAUCAGGCUCGAAUUUGUUGAUUUUCUUUUGGGGGGCCAUUUGGAAGUUUGUUUUAUUUUGAUUAUUGUAGGGUUUCUUUGCUUUUUAUUUCAGAGGAGAAUGAAAAGUAACCUUUCAAAACAUAGACAAGUAGUAGGGCCAAAAAGGCUAGCUGGGGUAUGAUGCUCUUAACUUUAUUACUUUUGUGAAAGCUUUAUGUAUAUUUUACCUCAUAAAAAAAAUUAAAAU